AUCUUCUCUAAAUAAAGAGUUCCUUGUAUCAAAUCAACAGCGCAAGCAUGGUAAGCAGGCCAGAGAACAGUAACCUGGGACAUUUCUCCCAAGAAAGCCCUCUUGAACAGAUCCACAUCGCAACCGUAAACGUGAGAAACGGCCAUCAGUGGUCCCCCCCAGCUGAUCCCAAAAACGUAUUCGCCGAGAAACCGUGGUCAGAACGUAAAUCCCGUUUGGUCGAUGCGCUUUUAUCCACAGGCCCACUCGAUAUCCUCGGCUGUCAGGAAGUCUUCCAUGAUCAACUUGAAGACUUGCAGGAACUUUUGGGCGAGACGUACUCGCACGUAGGUUCAGGCCGCGAUGACGGCAAGCAAGGCGGGGAGUAUAGUCCCAUCUUUUUCGAUCGUACCAAAUUCGAACUGGUAAGGUGGGGUACAAUGUGGUUAUCCCGCACACCCAAUGUCCCUGGAUCCAAGGGCUGGGAUGCUGCUUUACCUCGCAUUGCGACUCUUCUGACUCUCCGCUACAAAAACAAGGACAAAGGUGGAGAGCUGGUUCAUGCUGUCAACACCCACUAUGAUCAUUUGGGAGUGAGAGCUAGAGCGGAAAGUAGUCUCUUAAUCAGAUCUGCAAUUUGGCAUUGGGUACAUGAUGUCGAGCGAAAGGAGAAGCCACCUGUGGUGGCACCAGUGGUCUUUUUUGGUGAUUUCAACUCACCGCCGCAAGAGGAUGGAUACAAGAAUAUCACCUCCCUCCAUCCCUUACCCUCUGGCCAACCAUCAUUUACCUUCCUUGACAGCUUCACUAACCUUCUCACCUCCUCCUCUUCUUCCGCUUCUGCUUUCUCAACCAUCAUCCCUCUCCAAACCCGCCCUUACGGCCCCCAUCUGACAUACACUGAUUUCGCCCCUCCCGGCGCUCGAAAUGCCACAAGAAUCGAUUUCGUCAUGCUCGGUGCCGAGGUGGACAGUAAUGAUCCCUCCAAACGAGGAAAAUCAAGAGGUGGAUGGACGGUUGUGAGGUAUGCGUGUGUGGAUAACUGGGUGGAAGGGGAUAUGGAGGGUUGGAAUGGGAGGUGGAGUGAUCAUAGAGCUGUAAGGGUUACGAUCGCUAAGCGAAAAGAGUGAAUGAAAUUUGAUUAGGGAAGGAAAGGAACGGAAAGGGGGGGGCCCUCCAAAAUGUACAAAGUAUAUUAACAUGUGUGCACCUG